GAGGUGGCAGAGCAGGAGGGGGCGGACGCUGGCGGUCUGAGCCGGCGCAGCCCGGCCCUUCCGGGGCUGCGCUGCUCCCCCGCCUCGGAGCCGGCAAAAAUGUGCCUAGUCACGGGGCCGCUCUCGGGGGAGUUGAGGUAUCCUCCGGACUGGGACCUGGAGCCCCUGCCCUGCCGCCGCCCCCGUCCACGGCCUUCGUGGGCACGGGCUGUGGCUCUGCGCGCUCACCCUGCUGUGCCGUCUGAGGGCACCCUUUGGACAUGGAUUUGAUUGACAUACUUUGGAGGCAAGAUAUAGAUCUUGGGGUAAGUCGAGAAGUAUUUGACUUCAGUCAACGACGAAAGGAGCAUGAGCUGGAAAAACAGAAAAAACUUGAAAAGGAAAGACAAGAACAACUCCAAAAGGAGCAAGAAAAAGCCUUUUUUGCUCAGUUACAACUAGAUGAAGAGACAGGUGAAUUCCUCCCAAUUCAGCCUGCCCAGCACAUCCCUUCGGAAACCAGUGGAUCUGCCAGCUACUCCCAGGUUGCCCACAUUCCCAAACCAGACGCCCUGUACUUCGAUGACUGCAUGCAGCUCUUGGCAGAGACAUUCCCAUUUGUAGAUGACAAUGGGGUACAACAUUUGGCCAACAGCGGAACUCCCCAACUGUGUCUGAUACAUUCUGUUUCUUCAGCUGCGUUUCAGUCACUUGCUCCUGAUAUUCCCAGCCAAAUCGAGAACCCAGUCUUCACUGCUCCUAAUCAGGCUCUGUCACCCCAGACUCCUGUCACUCAGUCAGCCAUUGCUGCUUUAGACAAUAUGCAGCAGGACAUUGAGCAAGUUUGGGAGGAGCUAUUAUCCAUUCCAGAAUUACAGUGUCUUAAUAUUCAAAAUGACAAGUUGGUCGAGGCUGGCAUGGUCCCAAGUCCAGAAACCAAAAUGACAGAGAUUGACAAUAGUUUUCAUUUCUACUCAUCGAUGCCCUCGCUGGAAAAAGAAGUAGGUAACUGCAGUCCACAUUUUCUCAGUUCAUUUGAGGAUUCUUUCAGCAGCAUCCUCUCCACAGAAGAUUCCAGCCAGUUGACCGUGAACUCAUUAAAUUCAGAUGCCACAAUAAACACUGAUUUUGGCGAUGAAUUCUAUUCUGCUUUCAUAGCAGAACCCAGCAGCAGCAACAGCGUGCCCUCCUCGGCUACUUUAAGCCAGUCACUCUCUGAACUUCUUAAUGGCCCCAUUGAUGUUUCUGAUCUAUCACUUUGUAAAGCUUUCAACCAAAAUCACCCUGAAAGCACAGAAUUCAAUGAUUCUGACUCUGGCAUUUCGCUGAACACAAGUCCCGGCCUGGCAUCACCAGAACACUCAGUGGAAUCUUCUGUCUAUGGAGACACACUGCUUGGCUUCAGUGAUUCUGAAAUGGAAGAGCUAGAUAGUGCCCCUGGGAGUGUCAACCAGAACGGUCCUAAAACGCAGCCAGUACAGUCUUCUGGAGAGACAGUCCAACCCCUGUCACCAUCCCCGGGGCACAGCACUCCAGUGCGUGAUGCCCAGUGUGAAAAAACGCCCAAGAAAGAGUUGCCUGUAAGUCCCAGUCACCGAAAAACCCCAUUCACAAAAGACAAACAUUCAAGCCGCUUGGAGGCUCAUCUCACAAGAGAUGAGCUAAGGGCCAAAGCUCUCCACAUCCCAUUCCCUGUUGAAAAGAUCAUUAACCUCCCUGUCGAUGACUUCAAUGAGAUGAUGUCCAAGGAGCAAUUCAGCGAAGCUCAACUGGCAUUAAUUCGAGAUAUACGCAGGCGGGGUAAGAAUAAAGUGGCUGCUCAGAAUUGCAGAAAAAGGAAACUGGAAAAUAUAGUGGAACUGGAACAAGAUUUGGAUCAUUUGAAAGAUGAAAAAGAAAAGUUGCUCAAAGAAAAGGGCGAGAAUGACAAAAGCCUCCAUCUACUGAAGAAACAGCUUAGUGCCCUGUACCUAGAAGUCUUCGGCAUGCUACGUGACGAAGAGGGAAGGCCCUACUCUCCCAGCGAGUACUCCCUGCAGCAGACAAGGGACGGCAAUGUGUUCCUCGUGCCCAAAAGUAAGAAGCCAGUCGUGAAGAAAAACUAGAUUUGCCAGGAUCUGACCUUUUCUGAGCUCUAGUGGGUUUUGUUGGGGUUUUUUUUUUUUGUACUGUUAUACUAAAAGCUCCUACUGUGAUGUGAAAUACAAAAAUAUACUUUAUAAGUAAUUCUAUGCAAAAUUAUAGGGAAAAAAACCAGUGUAGAAAAUAAUAUAAACUUUAAAAAAGCAUUAAAAUAAGUCAUCAGUAUGUUGAAUCAGUAGUUUCACUUUAACUGCGAACUUAAUUUCUUAGAACACCUUUUGGGCUAGUUCCUGUAUAAGUGUAAAUACUACAAAAACUUAUUUAUACUGUUCUUAUCUCAUUUGUUACGUUCAUAGAUUUAUAUGAUAUGACAUCUGGCUAAAAGCAAAUUGCAAAACUAACCACUAUGUACUUUUUUAUAAAUACUGUAUGAACAAAAAAAGGCAUUUUUUAUAUUAAAUUGUUUAGCUCUGGCAAAAACCAAUUUAGUUGAAAAGCUGGUACUAAUAAAGGGAUAUUAUGACUGUUAAAUUA